AUGAACGUAAAACUUGCCCCAGAUACUUUGCUUCACAGCUACAAGAGUUUCAAUGGAUUUGUAGCGAGGCUGACCAAGGAAGAAUCAGAAAGAAUGAAAGGAAUGGAUGAGGUGGUUUCUGUCAUUCCAAAUAGAAUCCACAGUAUCCAAACAACAAGGUCCUGGAACUUCAUUGGCUUCCCUGAAAAUGUCCAAAGGUCAAAGGUAGAAAGUGACACAAUCGUUGGAAUACUCGAUACUGGAAUUUGGCCAAAUUCCUCAAGCUUCAGCGACAGAGGCCUUGGUCCACCACCACAGAGAUGGAAAGGAUCAUGCCAAAACUUCACUUGUAAUAACAAAAUAAUUGGAGCAAAAUAUUUUCGGGUUGAUGCUGAUAUUGCCGACAUCAUAUCUCCCGUUGAUACGUUGGGUCACGGGUCUCACACUGCAUCGACUGCUGCUGGAAACUCUGUUAGCAAUGCAAAUCUGUUCGGGCUUGGCACAGGAACACUGAGAGGAGAAGUUCCAUCAGCACGCAUUGCUGUGUAUAAAGUCUGUUGGAAGACUGGUUGUAGUAAUGCUGACAUUUUAGCAGGAUUUGAUGCAGCCAUUCAGGAUGGUGUUGACAUUAUAUCUGUUUCAUUGGGACCUAGAAUGGUCACAUUCACCGAUUAUUUUGAUGAUGAAUUUGCAAUAGGAGCCUUCCAUGCAAUGAAGAGAGGCAUAUUAACUUCUAAAGCUGCAGGCAAUGCUGGUCCACACCGUGGCACAAUGACAAAUCCUGCACCCUGGAUCAUUACCGUGGCUGCUUCCACUACAGACAGAAAGUUUUCGACCAAACUCCAACUGGGCAAUGGCCGAAUCUUCCAUGGAAUCUCAUUGAAUACGUUUAGUCCAACACAGAAAAGUUACCCUUUAAUUUAUGCUGGAGAUGCUGGUAGAAGGAAUAAUUCCAUGUCCAGGUUUUGCCGUGAAAAUGAUUUGGAUGGAGCUUUGGUGAAAGGGAAAAUUGUUUUGUGUGAUGGCUAUACUCCUUCUCAAUAUGUGGGAUUAGCUUCUGGGGCUGCUGGUCUUAUAUUCACUGCUACAUUGACUUCAGUUUCGGUAGAGGCAUUUGCAAUGCCAACAAUUCAAAUUACCCCAAGUGAUGGGAAUUCUGUAUCUUCUUAUUUAAAGUCAACGAGAAAUCCAACAGCUACCGUAUUCAAAAGUAUCGAAGGAAAAGAUUCAUCAGCCCCUUACAUUGCUACAUUCUCAGCGAGAGGUCCAAAUACAGUCACUCCAAACAUUCUUAAGCCUGACAUAGCAGCUCCAGGGGUUAAUAUUCUGGCUGCAUGGUCUUCGGUUUCACCUAUUUCUGGUGUUCGAGGAGAUACAAGAGUAUCGACUUUGAAUAUAAUAUCUGGAACUUCCAUGGCAUGCCCUCAUGUUUCUGGAGCAGCUGCUUACGUCAAAUCUAAUCAUCCCAACUGGUCUCCUGCUGCAAUAAAAUCCGCGUUGAUGACAACUGCUACCCCUAUGAAUCCUACAGUUGAUUUAGAUGCUGAAUUUGCUUACGGUGCGGGGCAAAUCAAUCCUUUGAAGGCAGCAAAUCCUGGACUAGUUUAUGAUGCUGGUGAAAACGAUUAUAUUAGUUUUCUGUGUGGACAAGGUUACAAUUCAUCAUCGCUGCAACUAAUUACAGGAGAUAAGAGCACUUGCACAUCAGCAAAUAAAGGAUCGGUUUUCGACCUUAAUCUCCCGUCUUUUACUCUAUCAACCCCUCGCUCAAGCCACAACAAUGUCACUUUUAAUAGAACUGUUACAAAUGUUGGAUCAGCUACAUCCAAAUAUAGGGCCACGAUAACUGCACAUCCAUCUUCUUUGAAGGUCGAAGUAGUGCCAAAUGUUUUGGCCUUCUCAUCGUUGGGUCAGAAGCUGUCUUUUACCCUUAAGAUUGAAGGAAGCAUUAAUGCAGAUUUGGUUUCUUUUUCUAUGAUUUGGGACGAUGGCACUUUUAAGGCAAGGAGCCCUGUUGUUGUUUAUGCUCCAUAA